UUCUUAUGUUUUUCAAUGAUCGUGAGAAUUAUUUGCCUCAACUCUUCCCCCUCAAUUAUUUCUUGCUUAGGAGAACUAAGAUCUACUUUGAGUAAACACAAAGGACCUAUAUUUUCUCUGAAGUGGAACAAGAAGGGUGAUUAUCUUCUUACGGGAAGCUUUGAUAAAACGGCAAUUGUGUGGGAUGUAAAGGCAGAAGAAUGGAAACAGCAGUUUGAGUUUCACUCAGGUCCAACCCUUGAUGUUGAUUGGUGCAACAAUGUUUCAUUCGCAACAAGUUCCACUGACCAUAUGAUAUAUGUUUGCAAGAUUGGAGAAAUACGACCUAUUAAAACCUUUGCAGGGCAUCAGGGCGAAGUAAAUUGUGUCAAAUGGGAUCCGACAGGUUCAUUAUUGGCCUCUUGUUCCGAUGAUAUUACAGCAAAUAUAUGGUGCAUGAAGCAGGACAGGUAUGUUCAUGAUUUGAGGGAGCAUUCUAAGGAGAUAUAUGCCAUCAGAUGGAAUCCUACUGGACCCGGGACAAACAAUCCUAACCAACAGUUAAUUCUUGCGAGUGCAUCAUUUGACUCCACCGUGAAGUUGUGGGAUGUGGAACACGGGAAACUUCUCUACAGCUUAAAUGGACACAGGGACCCUGUAUACUCAGUUGCAUUUAGCCCUAAUGGAGAGUAUCUGGCCAGCGGAUCUCUCGAUAAAUCCGUGCAUAUUUGGUCCUUGAAAGAGGGGAAGAUUGUAAAGACAUAUACCGGCAAUGGAGGUAUAUUUGAAGUCUGUUGGAACAAGGAAGGUGACAAGCUUGCUGCUUGUUUCGCAAACAAUACACUAUGCGUCUUGUCCUUUAGAAUGUAACAACCGGGAAAUCGCUCCAUUCCAUGAAUCCAAGCUUGUAUUGAAAGAUGGCAUGCGAUAUGUUGUGUGUUCAUUGAUAAUUAUUAGGUAUAGUUACUAAGGUA